AUGAGGACUUCUCCCUCCGUUCUCAGCAGCACGUAUCACCUCCUGACAACCCCACCUAUCACCUCCUCACAACCCCACCCAUCACCUCCUCACAACCCCACCUAUCACCUCCUCACAACCCCACCCAUCACCUCCUCACAACCCCACCUAUCACCUCCUCACAACCCCACGUAUCACCUCCUCACAACCUCACCUAUCACCUCCUCCCAACCCCACCCAUCACCUCCUCACAACCCCACCUAUCACCUCCUCACAGCCCCACCUAUCACCUCCUCACAACCCCACCUAUCACCUCCUCACAACCACACCUAUCACCUCCUCACAACCCCACCUAUCACCUCCUCACAACCCCACCUAUCACCUCCUCACAACCCCACCUAUCACCUCCUCACAACCCCACCUAUCACCUCCUCACAACCCCACCUAUCACCUCCUCACAACCCCACGUAUCACCUCCUCACAACCCCACCUAUCACCUCCUCACAACCCCACCUAUCACCUCCUCACAACCCCACGUAUCACCUCCUCACAACCCCACCUAUCACCUCCUCACAACCCCACGUAUCACCUCCUCACAACCUCACCUAUCACCUCCUCACAACCCCACCUAUCACCUCCUCACAACCCCACCUAUCACCUCCUCACAACCCCACCUAUCACCUCCUCACAACCCCACCUAUCACCUCCUCACAACCCCACGUAUCACCUCCUCACAACCCCACCUAUCACCUCCUCACAACCCCACCUAUCACCUCCUCACAACCCCACGUAUCACCUCCUCACAACCUCACCUAUCACCUCCUCACAACCCCACCCAUCACCUCCUCACAACCCCACCUAUCACCUCCUCACAACCCCACCUAUCACCUCCUCACAACCCCACCUAUCAACUCCUCACAACCCCAUCUAUCACCUCCUCACAACCCCACCUAUCACCUCCUCACAACCCCACCUAUCACCUCCUCACAACCCCACCUAUCACCUCCUCACAACCCCACCUAUCACCUCCUCACAACCCCACCUAUCACCUCCUCACAACCCCACCUAUCACCUCCUCACAACCCCACCCAUCACCUCCUCACAACCCCACGUAUCACCUCCUCACAACCCCACCUAUCACCUCCUCACAACCCCACCUAUCACCUCCUCACAACCCCACCUAUCACCUCCUCACAACCCCACCUAUCGCCUCCUCACAACCCCACCUAUCACCUCCUCACAACCCCACCCAUCACCUCCUCACAACCCCACCUAUCACCUCCUCACAACCCCACCUAUCACCUCCUCACAACCCCACCUAUCACCUCCUCACAACCCCACCUAUCACCUCCUCACAACCCCACCUAUCACCUCCUCACAACCCCACCCAUCCCCUUUUCACAACCCCACCUAUCACCUCCUCACAACCCCACCUAUCACCUCCUCACAACCCCACCUAUCACCUCCUCACAACCCCACCUAUCACCUCCUCACAACCCCACCCAUCCCCUUUUCACAACCCCACCCAUCCCCUCUUCACAACCCCACCUAUCCCCUUUUCACAACCAAUCCCCUCCUCACAACCCCACCCAUCCCCUUUUCACAACCAAUCCCCUCCUCACAACCCCCACCCAUCCCCUUUUCACAACCAAUCCCCUCCUCACAACCCCCACCCAUCCCCUCCUCACAACCCCCACCCAUCCCAUCCCCACUGUGCCUUUGUUCUGA